AUGAUGCGCGCAACUUUCUUAACAGCUCUUCACCUAUUGAUAAUACCUCUCAAUAAAGUCCAAGCUAGAAGUGUCUUAUAUGGUGCAUGCGACGUAGCAAAUAAUCACUUGGAUGUUAACACCAAAGCUUUCAUAACGGAUUGUGAUUCUUUUGGAUAUUGCUCGACGAAUGGGACUUGUCAGCCCAAACAGUGUCGACGAGAUGAAUACAUUUUAUCAUCAUUACUCAAUACCGAUAUCCCAAUUCCGCCAUUAUGUCCUUCUGGAUCAUUCUGUCCUGAUGACGCUAGCGGUUGUUUGGAUUUGGUGGAUGUAGGUGGUGAAUGUCAGUUGAACAGGGACGACGAAUGCGCUCCUCCCCCUGAUGGGACCGUACUGGUCGUUCCUAGUCCAUUCGAUGAACCAGAAGGGAAUGGCUCGAUAUGUCUUUUAGGGCAAUGCGUGUGGUCGAACAUCAGUUUAGGUUCAACUUGUAUAAUAGAAAGUACAACAUAUAUAGGAUACGAUAUUUCGGGAAUGAGCUUCACGAAUAUAGUCACGAGAGAUAAUUGUAUACAAGGACAAGGAUAUUGUGACACAAACACAACUACUUGUUUAUCAUUAGUAGGGAUCGAUGGGUCAUGUCAAGAAGAUAGACAAUGUCAAUCUUACAACUGUCAAAGAGGAGUAUGCAUCAUACCACCUGAGACAUCAAGGAAAGUCGGUAAAUGGGUAUAUGCCAUUACUGGAGUAUCGAUUGGAAUAGGAAUGGCUGGAGUCCUGGCUAUCUUAUUACUGAUGCAUCGUAGAGCACAAACGAAAUCAAGAAUAAUGUUGGAAGAAUAUUACAAGGAACAAACCGCUUAUCGAAACUCAAUCAUAUCUUUCCACUCUGCAUUAUCAGGUAAAUCAACAAGAGAAGAAAUCAAAAGGACAAUGAGUAAUUUGAGUCAAGUCACUUUAGUCGAGAAACAUUAG